AUGUCGAAUUUCUCCAGGGCACCCCAGAAGGAGCAAUGGGCCACUUUUGCUCGAGUUUGGUAUCUCUUAGAUGGGAAAAUGCAGCCCCCUGGCAAAAUUGCUGCUAUGGCAUCGAUUAAACUUCAAGGAUUGCAUAAACUUGUGUAGCAUGAGCUGAGUGACUGUGGUGAUCAUGUUGUCAUCAUGAACACAAGGCACAUUGAAUUUUCUGGAAAUAAAUGGGAACAAAAAGUGUACUCUUCACAUACUGGUUACCCGGGUGGAUUCAGACAAGUAACAGCUGCUCAGCUUCACCGGAAGGAUCCAGUGGCAAUUGUGAAACUAGCUAUUUAUGGCAUGCUACCAAAAAACCUUCACAGGAGGACUAUGAUGCAGCGGUUACAUCUUUUCCCAGAUGAGGAUAUACCAGAAGAUAUUCUUAAGAAUUUAGUGGAAGAGCUUCCCCAACCACGAAAAGUACCCAAACGUCUAGAUGAAUACACACAAGAAGAAACAGAGGCUUUCCCCAGAGUGUGGUCUCCACCUGAAGAUUACCGGCUGUAGAAGAAUGGAAAUUGGAGACAGCCC